AUGGCGAGAGCUAAGCCGAGGAGCAAGCCUGUUUCGGAGGAUGAAGAGAUGACCCGGGAUGAAGAUGUUCCCAUGAAUGACGCUGAAACCGAAUCCUCAGUUGCUUCGGAAGGAGAAGAGCAGGCUGAUGAUGAAGACGAUGAAGAUACUACUCAGCCAAUCAACAAGAGGCAACGACGAACUGAGAUCAAUAAUGAGCGUCGAAAGCACUUUGGUCGUCAAAAGGAAGAUCUCCAAUCCGCAAAGUAUUCAGACUCUGCAAAGCGAUUUGCAUAUCUGAUUGGUCUGACGGAUUUGUUUCGUCACUUUAUUGGGCUCAAUCCUGAAUUAGCGAAGGCUGUUGAACAGGCAGAUGUUAUCAACAAGAACAAAAAGAAGGGCAGGAAUUCCUCCGCUGCUACAGGCAGCAGAACCCGUAGAACGGAAAAGGAAGAAGAUGCGGAACUUUUGGAAGACGAAAUCAAUGCCGAUGAUUCUGAGCAACGUACCAUCUUCUCUGAGAACCCAAACUAUAUCCAGGGUCAGAUGCGUGACUACCAGGUUGCCGGUUUGAACUGGCUUAUCUCUUUGCAUGAGAAUGGUAUCUCGGGUAUUUUGGCCGACGAGAUGGGUCUCGGAAAGACCCUCCAAACAAUUUCGUUCGUUGGGUACCUAAGAUUUAUCCAGGACAUCAAAGGGCCGCAUCUGGUCAUCGUCCCUAAAUCUACCCUUGACAAUUGGAAGAGGGAAUUUGCGAGAUGGAUUCCUGAAAUCCAUACGCUCGUUCUCCAGGGUGCUAAAGACGAAAGACAAGAGCUCAUCAACCAACGUCUUUUACCCCAGGAUUUCGAUGUCUGUAUCACAAGCUACGAAAUGGUAAUGCGAGAGAAGCAUCACUUGAAGAAGUUUGCGUGGAAGUACAUCAUUGUCGAUGAGGCGCAUCGUAUCAAGAAUGAGGAGUCUUCUCUCUCAAAAAUCGUUCGAAUGUUCGAAUCCCGUGGACGUCUUUUGAUCACUGGCACACCUCUUCAGAACAACCUUCACGAACUCUGGGCCUUGUUAAACUUCCUUCUCCCUGAUGUAUUUAGCAGCUCCGAGGCUUUCGAUGAAUGGUUCGAGAGCAGUGGUCAUGACCAAGAUACUGUUGUAUUACAGCUCCACAAGGUCCUCCGGCCUUUCUUGCUCCGUCGUGUCAAGGCUGAUGUCGAAAAGAGUCUCCUCCCCAAGAAAGAAUGCAAUCUUUACGUGGGAAUGUCGGAUAUGCAGAUCAAGCAGUACCGAAAUAUCCUUGAGAAAGAUAUUGAUGCAUUGAAUGGUCAAAACAUUGGGAAGCGAGAGUCCAAAACACGACUUCUCAAUAUUGUCAUGCAGCUUCGUAAAUGCUGCAACCACCCAUAUCUCUUUGACGGAGCCGAACCCGGUCCUCCCUACACCACAGAUGAGCAUUUAGUCUUCAAUUCCGGAAAGAUGGUCGUACUGGAUAAGCUUCUAAAGCGUAUGCAAGAGAAGGGCUCGAGGGUUCUUAUAUUCUCGCAGAUGUCCCGUGUUCUAGAUAUUCUCGAGGAUUACUGUAUGUUCCGAGAAUUCAAGUACAACCGCAUUGACGGAAGCACCGCCCACGAAGACCGUAUAUCAGCUAUCGAUGAGUACAACAAGCCCGGCUCCGAGAAAUUCAUUUUCUUAUUGACGACCCGUGCUGGUGGGUUGGGUAUCAAUCUGACGACUGCCGACAUUGUUGUUCUUUAUGACAGCGACUGGAAUCCCCAAGCUGAUCUCCAGGCAAUGGAUCGUGCUCAUCGUAUCGGCCAGACCAAACAAGUACAUGUCUACCGAUUCAUUACAGAAAAUGCUAUCGAGGAGAAGAUCAUCGAACGUGCCGCUCAGAAGCUUCGGCUUGAUCAGCUCGUUAUUCAACAGGGCCGAGCUCAACCGGCCGCAAAGGCCGCAUCUAGUGGCGAAGACUUGCUGGGUAUUAUUCAGCAUGGUGCGCAACAGAUCAUGGACAAAGCGACUGCGAAAGAAGGCACCCAGGGUACUAUCGAUGAUGACGAGGAUAUCGAUGCUUACAUCAACAAAGGGAGCGAGAAGACAGAGAAAAUGAAGGCCAAAUUCUCUACCAUGGGGUUGGAAGACGUCCAAAGAUUCAAUUCCGAUUCAGCGUACGAAUGGAAUGGACAGGAUUUCCAGAAGAGGGAAACGAGAUUGAACUUCAAUUGGAUCAACCCCGCCAAGAGAGAAAGAAAGGAACAAGUCUACUCUGUCGACAAAUACUACUCGACCAUCCUGAACCCCAAGGUUCCUAAAGGUGAACAGAAGCCGCGAGCACCAAGACCACCUACACAGAUCCGAAUUCAAGACCACCAAUUCUAUCCACACCGAUUGGUCCAGCUCCAGGAACAAGAGACAGCCUACUACCGCAAAACAAUUGGCUACAAGAUUCCGGGAGUGGAAUCUGAUGACGAUCUUAGGAAGGAUGACCGGGAGCUCGAGCAGAUGGAAAUAGAUAAUGCCGUCCCAUUAACUGUGGAAGAAAUCGCUGAGAAGGAACGCCUUGCUGAGCAAGGCUUCUAUGAUUGGAGCAGACGGGACUAUCAGCAAUUCGUCAACUUAUCCGCUCGAUACGGCCGCAAGGCCCUCGAUUCUAUUGCUGCGGAGAUGGACAAGGAACCAAAGCAGGUCAAGGCUUAUGCGAAAGUGUUCUGGGAACGGUAUACGGAAAUUGAUGGAUACGACCGCGCCAUUCAGACAAUUGUUGCUGGUGAAGAGCGAUCCGAGAAGACGCGAAAGCAGCAGGAAAAUCUCCGUACUAAAAUCGAACAAUAUCGCGUUCCGCUCCAGCAGAUGAAGAUCAACUACAGCGUUUCUACUACGAAUAAGAAGAUUUACACUGAGGAUGAAGAUCGAUUCUUACUGGUCCAGCUUGACAAGUACGGCCUUGAAUCCGAGAACCUUUACGAAUACAUUCAAAACGAUAUUCGCGAUUGCCCUCUGUUUAGGUUCGAUUGGUUCUUUUUAUCACGGACCCCAGCCGAGCUAUCGCGAAGAUGUCAAACGUUGUUGACUACAGUUGAUAGAGAGUUUGAUCCAAAGUCAAAGGCUCUUGAGGACGAAGAGGAACCGAAACCGGGGAAGAAGGGGACCAAGGGCAGUGGCAAGACUAGCCGUCAGAGAAGCGUUGAGGACGAUGAUGAGACCGGGCCACCAGCUAAAAAGGGCAAGACAACGAACGGUGUUGCUGCUAAUGGCAAGGGGCCGAAGAAUAAAAACAUCGAUCAAGUCAAGACCGGAGCAGGCAGCAAGGCAGCAUCGAACACCACGUCGAGGGCCACUAGCGUUGGUUCUAAUUCUGAUGUCGGUGGGAGCUCGAAGCCAGGCCCCAAACCGAAAGGGAAGGCGAAUGGUACCGCUUCGAAGGCUAGCACUCCAGUUAGCGCCUCGAAGAGCAAGGGCAAGAAGCGUACUUGA